GCUCCCGUUCUCCUCCCGCUGUUUCGCAUCACCAAUCCCGCCUCAGUAUCCACGAACAAUGGCUUCCUGGAGGUCCUCCUUCGCGCCUCUGGUGCGGAGUCUCGUCCGACUUCCCGAGACAUGCAUCGCAAAACAGACAAACCUCAAAGCCGCUUGGGCUCUCCCAUGCCGGUCCACUACGCCUUCGAUCCGGUCGAUGGCAACCUACGAACGGAAAAAGCCCCAUGUGAACAUCGGAACCAUUGGCCACGUUGAUCACGGAAAGACUACACUGACUGCAGCUAUCACCAAGAACCAGGCCAAGAAGGGUUUUGCCAACUUUGUCGACUACUCGUCCAUCGACAAGGCUCCCGAGGAGAAGGCCCGUGGUAUCACCAUCUCGACCGCCCAUAUUGAAUAUGAAACCGAAAACCGUCACUACUCCCACGUCGAUUGUCCUGGUCACGCCGAUUACAUCAAGAACAUGAUUACUGGUGCCGCCUCCAUGGAUGGUGCUAUCAUUGUCGUUGCUGCUUCCGAUGGUCAAAUGCCCCAAACCCGUGAACAUCUGCUCCUUGCCCGUCAAGUCGGUGUCGACCGCAUCGUCGUCUUCAUCAACAAGGUUGAUGCUAUCGAUGACCCCGAGAUGUUGGAACUCGUUGAGAUGGAAAUGCGCGACCUCCUGACCCACUACGGUUUCGACGGUGACAACACCCCGAUCAUCAUGGGAUCUGCUCUCUGUGGUCUUGAGGACCGCCGUCCCGAGCUCGGUUCCCAGAAGAUUGACGAACUCCUCCUCGCCGUUGACGAAUGGAUUCCUACCCCCGCCCGUGACCUCGAGAAGCCUUUCCUGAUGCCCAUUGAAGACGUUUUCUCUAUCGCUGGUCGUGGUACCGUCGCUACCGGACGUGUCGAGCGUGGACUCCUCAAGAAGGGAGAUGAGAUCGAGCUUGUCGGAUUCAACAAGGAGCCCAUCAAGACCAUCGUGACCGGUAUCGAGACCUUCAAGAAGGACCUCGACUCCGCCCAGGCCGGAGACAACUGCGGUAUCCUCCUCCGCAGUGUCAAGCGCGAGCAGGUUCGCCGCGGCAUGGUCAUGGUCCGCCCCGGUACUACGCGCGCGCACACCAAGUUCCUCGUCUCCACUUACAUCCUCACCAAGGAGGAGGGUGGACGUCAUACCGGAUUCCACGGCAACUACCGCCCCCAGAUGUUCCUGCGCACUUCGGAUGUCUCUUGCACGCUUAACUUUGUCGAGGGAACCGAGGACGCUAGCUCCAAGAUCGUCAUGCCCGGUGACAACAUCGAGAUGGAGGCGUCCAUCCUGCACCCCAUGGCCGUCGAGCAGGGACAGCGCUUCAACCUCCGUGAGGGUGGCCGCACCGUCGCUACUGGUCUUGUCACCCGUAUCAUCGAGUAAACUCUGUUUUUUUUAAUACGGUACGAGAGAAUCAUAAGAAUAAUCUGUUUAUGAUGUUUGUAGGUGAACGAAUCUUGUACGAUUAGGAAAUGCUUGAUUGAGGCGUAUCUGGAUGGGAAGAAAGAAGAAAAAAAAACGCAUGGAAAUGCGAAGGGAAGGAUGAGGGGAUUGUAUAUUGUUCAGCAUUGAAAAUAUGGUUCUCUCCCAUCAAGCUAAUUAAUCGUUCAUAUCACAGGCAGUCCGAUGCUUUGCAGUGCAGUGACACCUGCCGUGUCCACUCCACUUACUCCGUAGAGUACAGACAU